UACCUCUGCGCGAUGAAGUUUGGAGCGGCGCCGACCGGCCAUACUGACAGACGUGGCUGGAAAUCACUAUAUUUUUUUGCAGAACAUUUUCUGUCAGUAAAUGUAUUGAACCAAUUACGAGGUUGGCGCAAAUGAUUUUCUCCGAAGUUGGACUAAUGGACAAUCCUGCUACUGGCUGUCUAAUCUGAAAUCGGCCACAUAUGUUCCUAAAACGACUCGCCAUUAUGAUCCUUUCACUCUGGUGCAAGUAAAAGUUGUAUUUCUCACGCAUCGCAAGACAGGGAAAGAUACCUCACAACAAGACGGUUUGCAAUAUAAACCAUUGGAACGGGAUGUUUUAUCCCUCUGAAGUCUUAUUCUACAUCGAAAUGGAUCAAGCACCUCCAGCUCUCCCUCCCAGGUCAGCCAAACCCAUUACCUCCUCCGUGAACGACAACUGCCUAAGGGAAGCCCCAGUAUAUCCCCUGCAGGAUGCCGAGUGGUACUGGGGAGACAUUUCCAGGGAGGAAGUCAACGAGAAGCUCCGCGACACACCUGAUGGUUCCUUCCUGGUUCGUGACGCUUCCACUAAGAUACAAGGAGACUUCACGCUAACGCUGAGGAAAGACGGGCACAGCAAGCUGAUUAAGAUCUACCACCGUGAGGGGAAGUAUGGCUUUUCAGAGCCCCUGACCUUCUGCUCUGUAGUGGAGCUCAUCUGGCACUACCAGCACCAUCCUCUGGUGGAAUACAACGCUGUACUGGACGUCAUGCUCACACACCCUGUUUCCCGCUUCCAACAGGAUGAGCAGGUGAAAGUGGACAGUGUUGAUGUUGCCGGGAGGAAGCUACAGGAGUACCACAGUCAGUACCAGGAGAAGAGUCAACAGUUUGACUGUCUGUACGAGGCCUACACUAAAACCUCACAGGAGAUCCAGAUGAAGAGAACUGCGAUAGAGGCCUUUAACGAGACCAUGCUGAUCUUCGAGGAGCAGUGUCGCGAGCAGGAGCGUUAUGGGGAGGAGUGUGAGAGGAGCAUUCGAUCUAAGGGAACAGAGAAGGACUUGGAGAGAUUCCUGAUGAACUAUGAGAAGCUAAAGUCUCGGCUGGGGGAGAUCUAUGACAGUAAGGUCCAUCUGGAACAGGACCUGAGGACCCAGGUCCAGGACUACAGAGAGACAGACAGGAGGAUCAACAGCCUCAGGCCUGACCUCAUAGAGCUACGCAACAUCAGAGACGAGUACCUCAAUUGGCUGAAUCACGAAGGUGUGCAACAGAAACGCAUUAACGAUUGGCUGGGGUUCCAAGACAAUAGUAGUGACAACACCUACGUGUUGAAGGGUGAGAGUGAGAGACUGGCGCACCAUGACGAGGGGAGCUGGUUCGUGGGCGAGCUGAGCAGGACCCAGGCUGAGGAGAUGCUGAUGGACAAACCCACCGGAACCUUCCUGAUUCGCGAGAGCAGCAAGCAGGGUUGCUACGCCUGUUCCGUAGUUGUUAAUGUAGAAGUGAAGCAUUGCAUGAUUUAUAGCACGCCACGUGGCUAUGGCUUUGCUGAGCCCUACGACCUCCACUGCUCUCUGAAGGAGCUCGUUCUGCACUAUCGCCUCAACUCCCUGGCACAGCAUAACCAGGCCCUGGACGUCCGGCUGGAGCACCCUGUCCACGUCACUCCUGUCUCGUCAGCCUUGCCACACACAGCCACAGAGGACUGCCUGCUACAACAGAUGGAGGAACACCACCUUCCACAGACUCAAACUAAACUACCUGCUGGACUCCCUGCAGCCGCUCCGGAGAUGUAGAUUAGUCAGCUGUGGGAUGUGUUUGCGUACUGUAGCUAUCCUACGAGGACUACUUGAGGGUGGACUUGUUUGCGUACUGUAGCUAUCCUACGAGGACUACUUGAGGGUGGACUUGUUUGCAUACUGUAGCUAUCCUACGAGGACUACUUGAGGGUGGACGUGUUUGUGUACUGUAGCAACUUGAGGGCGGACAUGUUUGCGUACUGAAGCUAUCCUACGAGGACAACUUGAGGGCGUUCUUUUCUCAAAGAAGAAUGUGUGAAAUUUGCACUAGGAUGAUUCCAACGGAUUGGUGAAUGUAAUUUCACUUAAUUGGAACUUUGACCGGAACUUGAAUGUCAGCUAGGAGUUUGUUUUUUAUAAGAUUCUGUUUGCUAUUUGUUUUUUUUUGUACCCAUUUUUCACCUUUUCUUUCAUGGGAUUUGAUUUGUUUUAGUGGGCCUGGUCAUCCGGGAGAUGACUGACUACAUAUACUAUGUCACAAUAUGUUGGUAUUUGUCAGGUGCUGUUUUUUAUUUGGACUUCUAGGGUCCCAUUUUGACAACACAAGUACUGGUGCUAAUGUAAAAUGAGAUUGUAAUACACCCAAUACCUUGGAAUUUAGAAUUUAUUUCAAACAUUUUAAUUGUUGUGAUGUCCAUGCACGGAAGAUCCUAAAAGUGGAAUUAGAAUUAGUACAGAAAAACAAGAUGGCUGACUCAGUGGCAUAGCUAGCUGUGGUACACAUACCAAACAUGUUCUGGGUAUUUCAGUACAUAGUCAUGCAAAUAUAGGAACUGAUGUGGCGCAUCGUGACAGUAGCGCUGUUUUUUUUGUUGUCAAAAUAUAACCCAAGUUACCGGUUGAUAUGUACUGUAUGUAGCAUAAACAAUUUUCUGGAUAUCCUUAGAAUUACAUUUUCCAUAUUGUAUCCAAUAACCAAAGCACUUGCUAUUAGUGAUAAAAGUAUAUAUUCCGACCAGAAUAUUACAUUUAUGGUGAUGGCGGAAAACACACCACACGUGCUUGAUCAAAACAUAAAUUGAAGUACUGUAUAUUAUAUUCUGUUAUUCAAAGUAUAAGCUUUUUGUAUUUUUUGAUAUUAUAUAUUUUCUGAAAUAUGCCACAGAAGAUGAAAGCUUGAGGAAAGUGCAAUCCAACAGUAUUUGUAAUUUUAGAAAUUCAUUAUUAUAAAUAUGGGGGGUCAUCAGCUUUUGCCACAGAAAUGCACUAACUUUUAAUUGGUGGUGUUAUUCAUCUGAUGACGUGACCUUUUAAGAACAUUGUGUGAACUGCCAGAGAUGCGGAAGUGUACAUUCUGUCUCUAUUACUUGAACUGUGGCAUUGCUCAAUAAGAGCGAUUAAUAUUUCCUAAAGACAUGUAGGCCUACAUAGCUUAAGGAAAAUAAUACAUUUUGUUCUUGGCACAUAUGUCAAGUUUGAGGACAAAAGACACUCUGUAUUGAGAUACUGUAAAACCUUUGUGGUUGGUUGGAUGGAGGGUGUUUUAGUCUUUCUUAAAAACUAGACAGGAGCAUUGAGGAAACUCCUGGGGCGACUUUAAGCAAUGUGAGAUUCUUAAUUUUUCUUGCUGAAGACAAUAAACUGAGGGUUUUGUUGAA